CUCUGGUCCACUGCCGACUCUUGCCAAAUCAGACAAAUCCUCACCGAACUGCGGUUACAUAGCAAGCCUCCUCGUGUCCACGCCCCUCGCCUGCUCCCAGAAGUUGCAAGCAUGCAUAAUCGAGUCUGCCUGAUUGGCCAAGCAGUAUUAAGCCGCGGGCUAGCGAUGCAGUGGGAGGGCAUCGUCUUCAGAAAAGGCAAGGAUGAAGCUUGACCAGCAGAUAGUUCAAGUCCACUUUGGCAGACGCAAUGCUACUCGAUGAUGUACCUAGGCACAUCAACCGGACGACGGCAAGUGCGGAUAUAAGACGACAGACAUCGCCAUAUCUCGUGGCUUUCGAGGCCAAUGGGCGAUCGUGCGGUCCCCAUCACUCGCUCUCUCUGCGAUCGUCGACAAGAUGAUAUUUCAAAUCACUGGCCUGCUCGCGCUCGCCGGGGCUGUACGAGCAUCUUGGACAUCGAAUAUCAACUACCGCAGUCCCUCUGAGCACCACCCGUCUCUCGGUGUCUCGAUCAGCAAGGUCGUGAAGAGAAAUGAUCCUCAGAGUCAGUGGGACCCAACGACGCUGCACUUCACCCACGGCGUUGCUUCAGGAGACCCUUACCCAGACAGUGUCAUCCUUUGGACGCGCAUCGGCCCUGUACUCGAUAAUGACAAAUCAAACGUUACUGUCUCCGGCUACGUGCCGCUGUACAACCACGACACCCAGGAGUACGUUUCCUUAUCCAAGGCACCGAUCUGCGUUGAGUACCAGGUUGCCUCGGAUCAAGAGCUUGGAGACGUGGUAGACUCCGGCACGGUUUAUACUAGCUCGGACAUUGAUUACACUGUCAAGAUCGAGGCUAAAAACCUGGAGCCAUUUACCACGUACUGGUACCAGUUCAAUGUCUGUGGGUCUGACACCAAGAGUCCCCUGGGGAGGACAAAGACCACUCCAGCAGAGGACGACGACGUGACUGAGAUCGGAGUCGCCGUCUACUCGUGCUCGAACUUUCCGUUUGGGUUUUUUAACGCAUACGGCAACCCAGUCCGAAAGGACUCGGUCGACUAUGUUGUCCACCUGGGAGACUAUAUCUACGAAUACAAGAACGGUGACUACGGCUAUGGCCAGAGCUUAGGCAGAGUGCCCCUCCCGGACAAAGAGAUCUUUAGUCUCUAUGACUACAGGAAGCGUCUUGCCACCUAUCGCACUGAUCUUGAUCUUCUCGCCAGCCACCAGGCCUUCCCAUGGAUCCCAGUCUGGGAUGACCAUGAGGUUGCCGAUAACACCUACCGAGACGGAUCCUCCGAGCUGAACAAUACCGAAGACUCGUUCAUAAGAGACGGUGGGGUAUCAACCGAUCAGCGGAAGAUGAAUGCCGUCCGCGCUUAUUUCGAGUGGAUGCCAAUACGACAAGUUGAGAUGGACGACAAUUUGCGCAUCUGGCGCUCAUUCAAGCUCGGGAACUUGGCGGACCUCAUCAUGCUUGACACUAGGCAAUAUGAUCGGUCUAUCACGGACCUAUACUGGAACACAGACUAUGUCCACGCAAUUUCCCAGGAUGCCGGCCGGUCGCUUAUGGGAUCGAGGCAAGAAAACUGGUUUUACAACCAACUGUCUUCCUCCUCCAAGCGAGGUGCCACAUGGCGCGUUAUUGGCUCGCAAAUUGUGUUCAGCCAUCUUAACCAGUCCAUAGCAUUUGGCGAUGAGAGUCCACUCAACAAUGACGCUUGGGAUGGGUACCAAUCAAAUCGAAAUAGGACAUUUAGCCACCUGUACAACAACGGAAUCGGGAACAACAUUUUCUUGGCAGGCGACUCUCACGCGUCCUGGGUCUCGGAUCUCGUGUGGCUGGGAGAAAAGAACUACGACUCUGCCAGUGGUGAGGGCUCAAUCGGUGUUGAGUUCGCCGGAUCAGCGGUGACAUCCCCCUGCCCUUACGGCGCGAACAUCACACUUGAUCGGGCAAACCAGGCCUCCACGUGGUUGCAGACCGCCAACGAGGAGCUGCAAUGGCAGGACCUAUACUAUCGAGGCUACUACGAGCUGCACAUCUCGCCCGAGAAAUUAACGGCUAAUUAUUUCGGCUUGCCCACGGUUGUUAGCAGGAAUGGGUGGGAGAUCCCGAUCGCUAAUUUCACGGUUGAGGCGGGCGCGAACAAGCUGCAGAGGCCAGUGGCUGGAGGCCUUGUGGAGAGCGGGAGCUUGAAGGGCGGGGAGACGAAACAAACCAACGUCACGGUGGACACAAAUAACGGAACAUGGUUCGUGAGCCAGGCACCAUUGGAGGUGUUGUAAGCGCAUUUAAGCAUUGUGU